AUGCCGCCUCGAGUUAUUGCGCUUACAAUAUUCCGACCUGCUCGGCAGACAACAAUACUCCCACGGGCUACAAGCACGUUAAGCUUCCAGAUCCGUACAAACACCACAGCUACAACUGGCGGAAGUAGCAUAAUCAACAUCCAACAAGUACCUGCGCCGGGAUCGGGAUAUGCCAGGAAUGCGAUAUCGAAGGAGUUACUGAACACCUUGCGUUUCCAGGUGGAUGCUAUUAGCGCGGAACAGGGAAAUGGGCCAACGAGAGCUUUGGUGCUUGCUAGCAAUGCCGACUCGGCAUUUUGUGCGGGGGCUGACUUAAAGGAGAGGAAAGGAAUGACUAAAGACGAACUUGAGGCUCUUCCAAUUCCUACAAUAUCUGCGGUUUCCUCGGUGGCUCUUGGGGGUGGUCUCGAGCUGGCAUUGUCCACCCAUCUUCGCGUUUUCGGAUCAUCUAGUAUCGUCGGUUUGCCCGAAACUCGGAUUGCCAUUAUCCCCGGCGCAGGUGGCACGUACCGGCUUCCGCGGUUAAUUGGACAGAGCCGUGCACGCGACUUGAUUCUCACGGGAAGAAAAGUGUCAGGUCCGGAGGCAUAUUUCCUCGGUCUUUGUGACCGCCUAGUUGAAGUGACGCCCGAGGAGGAAAAGCAGGAAGGUGUGGCGCGGAAUAAGAUCCUUCACGAAAGUGUCAAGCUCGCUCUGGACAUCUGCGAAGGUGGCCCCAUUGCCAUUAAGCAGGCACUGCAAGCAGUGAAUCAGUUUGAGAAAGUGGAGGAAGCUGAAAACGCGGCAUAUGCGUCAGUAGUGGAUACAGAGGACCGCCUUGAGGCUCUUCAGGCUUUUGCAGAGAAAAGAAAGCCCGUGUAUCGAGGACGAUAG